AUGACAAUUUUUCAAAAGAAUGGAUUGAGAAUGAGAAGAAUAGCCGGACGACAGUUAACAAUAGCUAUUUGUUUGGCAAUUUUGGGAGUUUCAACCCUUAAUGAAGCUUCACCAGAUGAUUCCUACAAUGACGAUUACUACAAGGGUGAUGACUACAAGAAUGAGUACUACUACGAGAAAGAUGACCACAAAUACGAUUACCACAAGAAAGAUGACCACAAAGACAAGGACAAGAAAUACUACAGACGUAAUGCCUUAGCUUCACCAGAUGAUACAUACAAUGACGAUUAUUAUAAGGAUGAUGACUACAAGAAUGAGUACUACUACGAGAAAGAUGACCACAAAUACGAUUACCACAAGAAAUAUGACCACGAAGACAAGGACAAGAAAUACUACAGACGUGAUGCCUUAGCUUCACCAGAUGAUACCUACAAUGACGAUUAUUACAAGGAAGAUGACUACAAGAAGGAGUACUACUACGAGAAAGAUGAUCACAAAGACGAUUACCACAAGAAAGAUGACCACGAAGAUAAGGACAAGAAAUACUACAGACGUGAUGCCUUAGCUUCACCAGAUGAUACCUACAAUGACGAUUAUUACAAGGAAGAUGACUACAAGAAUGAGUACUACUACGAGAAAGAUGAUCACAAAGACGAUUACCACAAGAAAGAUGACCACGAAGAUAAGGACAAGAAAUACUACAGACGUGAUGCCUUAGCUUCACCAGAUGAUACCUACAAUGACGAUUACUACAAGGAUGAUGAUUACAAGAAUGAGUACUACUACGAGAAAGAUGAUCACAAAGACGAUUACCACAAGAAAGAUGAUUACUACAAGAAAAAUAAAAAAGAUGACAAGAAAUCUUCUUAUUAA